AUGGCCGAGCAACCGCCCCGUCCGAAGCAGGCCGCCUGUCUGGUCUGCAGGCGCAGCAAGAUCAAGUGUGAUUGGAUGCCCUACGAGGCAAACAAGCGGGUGGGCAUCGACAAGGCGCUGUAUCAGAUCGAGCAGGCCGUCAAGCGUGUCAAGUCGGGAGAGCCGCGAGGGGCCGAGGACAGAAACCUCGUGGCCAAUCUGAGACACCUGCUGGAUGACGUAGACGCUAGUGAAGAUGCGGCUGAGCAUUCGUCGAGGCAAGGCUCGCAGAGCAAUACGCAGGAGGACGAGGCCGGCCUGACGUCUAGUGACGACGACGACGAGAACGACAGCGCCGGCCAGCGGUCCAUGGCCGACUUUGUGCAGCGCACAGAGGAGAGCCUGGCCAUUGACGACGCCGAGAACCCUCUGCAGCUGCUGGCGCGCGCGUCCUACUUUCGUCCGCCCAGUGGUCGUCGUAGCCGUCGCGACUCGCCUCAGAAUCCGCAGCAUGAGUCAUCCUCGUCCAAGAAGGAUCCCGAGUCUGCCAGAGUCCAGCGCUUCUUCUCGCAAACCAAGGUGAAGCUCGAUGUUGGCGAGGACCUUGACCCGGUCGACCUCGGCCUCGUCACCAUGGACGAGGCUGAGUCAUUGUUUGACUAUUACUAUUCCAAGCUCGUGCACACAAGAUGGGGCCUCUCUCCUCGAGUCCACACGGCGGCUUACACGCGCAGCCGAUCUGCUUUUCUUUUUACAACCGUCAUGGCCGCGUCUACGCUCUUUAUGCCUACUGCGGGUCCCUUAUCCAAAAGGCUGUUUAAUCAUGUCAAGUUGCUGGCUCAAAAGGUGAUCAACGACAAGUACAAAUCCGUAGAGAUCGUCUUGGCGUUUAUGACACACAUACCAUGGAUAUUUCCGGGAGAUCACACCAUGGAUGAUGAGACAUGCAUAUACAUCUCGAUAGCGACAACCAUUGCAUUCGAUCUCUCACUUCACAAGACGUUGAUGCCCAGGGAUGCCCUAGAGUCGGGGCCAACGAAUGUGUCACGAGGAGAGUGCCUGGAUCCGCGAGCUGCCCUCGCCAUCGAUGGAUUUCCAGACGUAGACCCGUGGUCAGAGCAAGGCCAGUUAUUGCUGCGAGCCCGGGAAAGAUGUUAUAUUUCUCUGUUUGUCGUGGAGAGAGGAAUGUCUUUGGCUCGUGGUAGGCCGUUUAUGAUUCCCAUCACCCGAAACAUCAAGGAUGUCGAUACCUGGCACCGGUCCCCUCUGGCAGAUGAGCAGGACGGCCCCGUGGCAUCCAUGGCCGCGGUACGAAGAGAUUUGGAUUCUCUCUUUAACACGGUUCGUGCGCUUUGCGAUGGCUCGCAGACUAGCAACAGUGAUGGGUCGCUGGUGGCUCGGUCGAUACAAGGAUCUAUCGAGCGAUUUUUCGAUCAGUGGCUUGCAGAAUGGGGUCUGAUGAUUGGUCUGGGUCCUGAACGUCGCCUGCCCCCAUAUGUCGAGAUUCUCUUUGCACACACUCGCCUUUCGACGUAUGGGCGCAUCAUCAACCACCCAACGGCACCAGUCGAAGUCCGUAUAUUCUUCCGAACUGCUGGACUGUCGGCAGCCCUGAACGUGAUGAGAGCAGCGAUUCAGGGAGAGUCGCAGCUGCAGUCGAUGCCCAAUAACACGGCCAUUAUGAUUUCCUUUGCAGCUUGCUUCGCUUUGAAUAUCAGCUCGUAUGCCCCAGAUGGCUCUGGGCUUGCACCAAGCAUCAGAAGGUUGAUUGAAGAGGCCACCGGUGUACUGGAACGGAUUGGAACAGUCACUCCGCAUAGAAACGGACUCUCAGUGUUGUACGGGAAACAUCUUCAGCACUUACUACAGACAUCAGGCCCCCCAAAGCCCACCCGACCACCAAAGCCAAGACGGACAACGCCUUCAUCGACGGAACCAAUGCAAGAAACGCCACCGGCACCACCGAGCAGCUUCAUGGACCAGCAGGUGUUGUGGCCGGAUAUGGUGCAGUUUUCAACCAUGUCGGAUGACCAGAUUACACAGGUGUUGAACCAGCCCGGCAACGUGUUUGAGCCCUCGUUUGGCGGUGGCAUGUCAUGGGAAGACAUGAACAAUUUCGACUGGCUGAACUGGCCGGCUUUCAACGCAAACUAA